AUGGCCAGUCGUGGAGAUCGCUGGGAACGAGAUCGCCUGGAUCGGGACCGCUUCGCCGGUGAGAGAGAUGAGAUACGUGAGAGGGAUCGCUUUGAGGAAGACCGGGUCUUUAUGAGCGGCGGGCGGGGUGGCCGUGAUCGCUCUGAGGAGCGGCUUGGCAGCAGAUACGGCCGGACAUCCUACGAAGAUGAUAUUGUCCGUGAUCGCCGGUACUACGAAGAUGAUAUCCGCCUUGAUCGCCGUCCCGAGCCUCGCCGGGACCCUCUCCGGGACCCCCUCCGAGAUCCCCUUCGAGAGCCCCUUGAGCGCCGUGUGUUUGUCGAAAAGGAGCGCGAUCGUGAAUACUAUCGUGACUCUUCCCCGCGGCGCCCAACGAUGUUGCGGCGACAAUCGUCUCUCGAUACAUAUGACCGUCGACCACUACCCAAGUUUUUCGACCAGCGAGAGGAGCUUCCGCCGCCGGCCCGCCGCGAGGACAUUCUUCGUGAAGACUAUCGGGCCCCGACAUAUACGCCUAUUCCUCUUCCCAAGACCCGCGGCUUGCCGCCGCCUCGACGAUAUGAUGACCGUUUCUACGAGGAUAUUCAAGUUGAACACGAUCGUAUUGAAGAAGGCAUCCCUGCCGCCCCGGUCGUUCCUCCAGAGCGCAUCGUUGAACGAGAGAUUAUUCGAGAGAAAGAGAAGGAAAAGGAGAAGCGAAGCCGUAGUCGGGAUUCUCGCUCUACUAGACGAAGCCAUUCCCACAAGCGAAGUCACCGAGGCAGAUCUCAUGCAUCCAAAUCUUCUACCCGGUCUUCCAGCAGCAGCAGCAGUAGCAGCAGCAGCAGCGGUGGUACCACAGUCAAGAGCACCAAGAGCGAGUACCCAAAGAAGGGCAAGACCAGAAUUCCCGCUAGAUUAGUAUCUAAGCGGGCCUUGAUUGAUAUCGGCUACCCUUUUAUUGAAGAAGGCAAUGUCAUUGUCGUUCAAAAGGCUCUAGGACAAGCCAAUAUCGACCACCUGCUUAAACUCAGUGAAGAGUACAAGUCAAGUGAACUCGAAGUUGCUGCUGCUCGAUCUUCAGCUGGCGAGAUCAUUCGGGAGCGCAGAGAGGAGCUCAUCAUCGAAGCACCAGCACCUCCACCUCCACCUCCACAGACGGUUUAUGCACCUCCACCACCACAGACGAUUUAUGCUCCAGCUCCACCCCCAGUUCCAGCUCCAGCUCCAAUUCUAGUCCCUGCGCACUCAGCGCCCGUCAUCAUCGAGGCUGCGCCUCGUGGAGGAGUUGAAUUGAUUGACAAGACUGUCUACCGAGAUGAUAAGACUGUGUACCACGAAGACAAAAGUGUAUACCGAGAUGACAGAACCAUCAUAUACCGAGACUACUCGCCAUCAUCGCGCGGCCGGAGAAGCAGGAGCCGCUCUCACUCUCACCACCACCACCAUCUUAGCGACGACUACCAGCUAGUGGAGCGCCGUCGUUCCCGAUCGCGGAGCCGAAAGGAUAUCCGCUCAGAAAUCAAAGCUCUCGAAAAGGAGCUUGCUUAUCGGGGUAAACGAGACAUCGAUCGCGAGAUCGUCCGAACCGAGAGACUUCCCAACGGAGACCUUGUGGUGUACGAGGAAUCGAUCGAGAAGAUUUCGUCCCACAAGCCGGCGCGUAUCGAGAAGGACAAGAAAGGUAGGAUGUCCAUCAGCGUGCCGAAAUACCGAUGA